UAGUAACUGAAUAUGGAGUAGCGAACUUAUUUGGUAAAAACUAUCAACAACGAGCUAAAUUAUUAAUUGAUAUAGCUCAUCCUGAUCAUCGUGAAGCAUUAGAACGUGCUGCUUAUAAACGUUUUAAAAGUCUUUAUUAA